AUGACCACAACUGUUCCUCCAACAGCUACCAAAGUUGCUCCAACAACCACAACUGUUGCUCCAACCACAACAACUGCUGAUCCAACAACCUCAACUGCUGCUCCACCAACCACAACAGUUCUUCCAACAACUACCACAGUUGCUCCAACAACCACAACUGUUGCUCCAACAACCACAACAGUUCCUCCAACAACUACCACUGUUGGUCCAACAACCACAAAUACUCCUUCAACGACCACAACAAUUCUUCCAACAACUACCACAGUUCCUCCAACAACCACAACUGUUGCUCCAACGACCACAACUGUUCCUCCAACAACUACCACAGUUGCUCCAACAACCACAGCUGUUGCUCCAACCACAACAACUGCUGCUCCAACAACCACAACAGUUGCUCCAACAACCCGAACUGUUGCUCCUACGACCACAAGAGUUCCUCCAACGACUACCACAGUUGCUCCAACAACCACAACUGUUGCUUCAACGACCACAACAGUUCCUCCAACAAGUACCACAGUUGCUCCAACCACCACAACUGUUGCUCCAACCACCACAACUGCUGCUCCAACAACCACAACUGUUGCUCUAACGACCACAACAGUUCCUCCAACAACUACCACAGUUGCUCCAACAACCACAACAAUUCCUCCAACGACCACAACAGUUCCUCCAACAACUACCACAGUUGCUCCAACAACCACAACUGUUGCUCCAACCACCACAACAGUUCCUCCAACAACUACCACUGUUGCUCCAACAACCACAAAU